AUCUUUCUCCUCCUUUCUCCUAUAUAUACAUACCAAAUAUACAACUUAUCUCCAACUGAAAUCUUCUCACAAAUUCUCAUUCAAACAGUACAAAUAUCAUUCAAAGUUCUUCAUUGAUCCUUCAGUUCGAUCCAAUUUCGACAUGGGAUUUCGUCUACCGUCUAUUCUCUUUAGUGUCAAGCAAAUUCUCAGAACACAGUCCAUUUCAGGGAGAUCUCAAUCCAGUGUUCCUAAAGGUCACAUCACAGUAUACGUGGGAGAAAUUCAGAGGACGCGGUUUUUGGUUCCGAUAUCUUACUUGAAUCAUCCUUCAUUUUUAGACUUGCUAAGGAGGGCUGAAGAAGAGUUUGGAUUCAGCCAUCCUACAGGAGGCUUGACCAUUCCCUGCAAAGAAGAAGCCUUCAUUGAUGUCACUUCUAGACUGCACACUUCAUGAAAGCUUGAGAACAAAGAGCAAUCCUCCUUGCAGUUUUGACAACUUUUUUCAUUCUUUUUCUGUAGGAGAUUGAGUUAAAUGUUACUGCAAAGUAAAAUUUGUAUAUGGUAGAUGAAGUUAGAUUUGAAAUGGUGGAGAAUUACAUAUCCACUUGUACAUCAAUGAAAAAUAUCAAUUGCAGUGAAACUAA